AUGGAUCAAGCAGCUAAGGUCGACCGCGAUGCGACUACCCCGUUUCUUCUGAAGGUGUUCUACAGAACCGGCGCAUUCCACAGACCAGAUGAGUUCUCCGCGCCUGACAACCUGCCUCACGUGUCCUUCCACACAUGGCCCUCUGCGACGCUCGCCGAGCUCAGCCACCAGCUCGCCGCCACCUCGCCACACCUCCUCCCCUCCCCAGCGAUAGGCACACGCCUGGCCUUCCGCCUCCUCUACUACGACACACGCGCCGCCGGGGACCAGGACCAAGGGUCAGCGCGCUGCGUCGUGAAAGACCUCGGCUCGGUGGUGAUAGGCGACGGCGGGCCGGGGAUCUCGACAGACGGGGACGACGACGCCGGCGCGGAGACGGAGGACGGCAGGCUGCGGAUGGGCGCGACGGCGGGCUCGGCGGCCGAGAGCGCAAAGUCGCUGGCGGACGCGCGGUUCGUAGUCGGGGACUACCUCUCGUGCGCCAUACUGCCGCCCUCGCCGGCGGACGGGAGCGUGCAGCCCGCCUCGGCCGCCAGGGCCGGUAGGGGGUACGGCGCCGGCCAGGCGAGGAGCACGGUCGACCUCGGCCCGCCGCAGAUGAGCAGGGGCGGAGGCCGGGACGCCUGGUCUGCGACUAUGUAUGGGCCUAAGGGCGGCGGAGGAGGAGCCGGAUUUCGUGCGCCGCCGGUCGGCGAGUGGCGCAGGGGGGAAAAGCUUCCUGAGGGGCCUCCUGGGCGAGGCAGAGGCGGGAGGCGAUGGUGA